AUGACAGUUUGGAGGCGCUAUAUAUCAACCCAUGUUCCACGGAAAAAAGUUUCAAUAAUUGGUUCCGGACCAGCAGGAUUUUAUACCGCUUAUCACUUAUUAUCAAAAUCACCAGUCCCCUUAGAUGUUACCAUAUGGGAGAAAUUACCUGUUCCAUUUGGAUUGAGUAGAUAUGGUGUUGCACCAGACCAUCCUGAAGUUAAAAAUUGUGAGGAAACAUUUACUGAUUGUGCAAGAAAGUUUUCUUCUCAUAGUGAAAAACAUCAUUUCGAAUUUGUAGGAGGUAUUGAGAUUGGAAAACAAAUCAAACUAGCACAGCUGUUGGAAAAUCAAGAUGCUGUUAUUUUAAGUUACGGGUGUAACGGUGAUAGGUAUUUAGGUAUACCUGGAGAACAAGGAACCAAAGGAGUAUUUAGUAGUAGGCAAUUUGUGAAUUGGUACAAUGGACAUCCUUCAGUUGCGAUGGACCCAGAAUUCACUAACUUCAAUUGGUCAGGUGUCAGAAAUGUUGGUAUUAUUGGGAAUGGAAAUGUGGCACUAGAUAUUGCACGUAUUCUUUUAAGUAAUAGAAUUGAUGAACUGUGGAAACAUACCGAUGUAUCAACAAUUGCCUUGAACUGUCUCAGAAAAGCCCCAAUUCACAAUGUCAAAAUUAUAGGAAGAAGAGACUUCCUUCAUUCUAAAUUUACGAAUAAAGAAUUGCGUGAAAUGUGGCAAUUGGAAAAGUAUGGAAUUCGAGGUAAUAUUUCCCGUGAGUAUUUUUCAGAAAAUAUGUUUGAUUUAGGAAGUCAUGACCGAGCUUUUAAAAGAAGAGUUGAGAUGUGUUCUGAGUAUUUAAAGCCAUUUGAUCAAAGAACUAAAAAAAACUUCAAAAAAUCUGUUCCUCCACCCAGGACCCAAGAAGAUAGGCAAUGGAAAUUGGAUUAUUUGAAAAGUCCGCUGAAGAUAGAAAAAGAUAAUUACACUAACCGAAUACAAUCUUUAACAUUGUCCCAUAACCUACUGACAGAAGAUAAUAGAUUAAUUGUUGAUCCCAACGGGAAAGAAGUGACCUACAAUUUAGAUUUACUUAUCACUUCACUUGGGUACGCCGGCGUGCCAUUGCCUGAAUUUUCAGAGCUUGACAUUGCAUUUGAAAAAGGGCAUAUUUCAAAUGAGCAAGGCCGUGUAUUGAAUAAUGACGGAGACUUGUUUCCAGGUCUAUAUGCGUCAGGAUGGAUAAGGAAAGGGAGCCAAGGUGUUAUUGCGUCAACAAUGCAAGAUUCAUUUGAAGUAGCGGAUCGCGUGAUCCAAGAUUUGUUACAACCACCUCGUUAUAUUUAUGAAAGAAAGAGAACAGUUGAUAUUGACCUUUCUGGGACUCCACACACAACGUGGGCAGACUGGGAAAAAUAA